GAGAAGAGAAUUAGAGAGGAGGAGAAGGGUCAAAGACUACAUAGCAUCACUAGUCAACGCUUUGAUAAAAAAAAAAAAAACUUCUUCUUCUUCUUCUUCUUCUUCGUCUCUUCUCCUUCUCACAAUCUCUCUCUCUCUCUCUAUCUCUCAAACCAAAGAAAGCUUUAGACUUCAAUUCUCUAGCUACCUCUUUUCACAACCUCUCUCUCCCAUGGCACGUUCUAAUGUACCCAAAUUUGGAAACUGGGAAGCUGAGGAGAAUGUUCCUUACACAGCUUACUUUGACAAAGCUCGCAAGACUAAAGCUCCUGGUGGCAAAAUCACGAACCCGAAUGACCCGGAGUAUAACUCGGAUUCACAAUCUCAAGCUCCUCCUUCCAGAAACAAACCUGACCAGGUUGACACUGUUAGAAGAUCGCGUGAGCAUAUGAGAAGCAGAGACGAGAGCGAGUUGAAGCAGUUUGGUGAUGCUGGUGGUUCAUCAAAUGAAGCUGCUAAUAAAAGACAAGGAAGGUCUUCUCAGAACAAUAGUUAUGAAAACAAGUCACCGUUGCAUAAGAAUUCAUAUGAUAGCACUGGAAGAUCUAAGCCUAAACCCGCCAACCUUAGAGCUGAUGAAAGUCCUGAAAAAGUCACAGUGGUGCCAAAGUUUGGUGACUGGGACGAGAAUAACCCGUCCUCAGCUGAUGGAUACACACACAUCUUCAAUAAAGUCCGCGAAGAGAGAAGUUCUGGAGCAAACGUGAGUGGAUCUUCAAGAACGCCGACUCAUCCAAGCUCCAAUAAACCACCUUCCAACACUUCCUCAUGUUGCUGCUUUGGCUUUGGAGGAAAAUGAAAGGGAAGUGCUUCCGGAGGAUUGUAUAUAGUGUGUGUAAUCUUAAUGAUUCUCCUUAGAUGAAAUAAGGCAUCAGUACCACUUGCAUAAGAUUUUAUAGUAUAGUCUUGUAUGUAUCUUUUGUAUUUUUCCCAACUACUUUUGGUGUUUUCGUAAGACACAUUCCAGUUUUGGACCUGGUUGCAGGUACAUUAUAUUGUGGUACGGCCUGACCGAUUUGAUAAGAAUCAGAGAUAUUUAGGUA